CGGCCAAAGCCACUACUUAGAGGGAGAAUGGCUGAGUCAGACAGACAGUGUUUAGCCAACAUAUCGAAAGCUUGCUAAAAUCCUCGAUGAAAUUCUGGAUGACACCAUGCUGAACAUGUUAGAUGGUGAAAGCACAUGCAAAGCAUCGAAAUCAAUUGCAAAAACCCAGGAAAAAAUGUAUGGUUCUAAUAUACCUCUAAGUAAUGGCUUUGGCAGACGCAUAGACUUGAUACUCGCAACAAAGAACCUGGAGUUGUCUACUAGCGAAUGGAAGCGAGUCAAAACAUCACCUUCCAAGUGCUUACAACAGCAGUCCAAAAAUAUCAGAAUGAAUAAGGCUAUCUUGACCUACCUCUUGCGCUUACCUUUUAAUGAAGCAGAUAGUGAUCUUGUGUUUACAGUUGGGAUGGAAUGGACAGGUUCUAUGGGGUAUAUGUUUGCCAUAAAACAAGUAAAAGAUAUAUAUGUAGCCAAGUCAAUUUCUACUUUGUUGAUGCCCAGCUAUCUUGAAGAACUGCUAUCUUUUGAAGAAACACUGAAUUGCCUGACAUCUGUAUCUGCAGAUAUCGACAGCUCGCCCAAUAUAUAUUUGACACCAUCUCGACGUCGCCGCAGUCAGACCCUUGCGACAACUGAUUUUGAUUUGGAAGAUUUAAGCAACGAUGAACAAUAA